AUGUCUGCGACACCUCGCAAGCCAGGCUCCCCCGCCAAUUCCCAUAAAUCUUCCACCACAGAUUCUCCGUCAACAACUGGUACGCCGUCGCGAGGCCAUACCAGGUCUCCUACCACGUCGUCAAAUGGUUUGUCGCGGACUCCGUCUCUCCGAGGCUCCGCUCCAGUGUCCGCACGCGCAGCAGCCCGAAAACCCGGUCGAUCGAACCUAAGCAUGUCGAGCGUCCCCAAGAUUGCGGCUGACCCGUCGGAGGAAGAGGCUCGCGCGCAGAAUGCGGCGCUCAUUGAAGACUUGAAGGAGCAGCUGCAGAAAGCCGAAACCGCCUCCGAGCAGUACCAGAAGCAACUCGGCGUCUUGCAAAUGCGUCUUGACGAAGCGGUUAGUGAGCAAACAAAACUUGAAGAUCAAGGUCACGAAAGGGACAGCAAAAUCGAGGCGCUCAAUGGCGAAAUUCGUGAUCAUGUCCGACAGAUCCGCGACUUGGAGCAGGCUCAUGAAUUGGAGCGGAAUGCGAUGUUACAAGAGAAGGAACAGCAAGCUAGUCGGGAAGAAGAAAUGCAGGCCACUAUCCAGCGCCUGAAGGAGGCAGUAGCCCAGAAAGACAUGCGCAUCAGCGCUGAGAACGACAAGAAUGUGUCUCGCUCUUCCAGCUUCCGCAACCGAGCCUCUCCAGAUAUUGACGGACAGUUUGCGCCGUCAUCUCAAAUCGAACGGAGCCCAUCGCGGAACAACUCUAAACUACUUCUGCAGAAGGAUAAGCUUAUCGAGUCCUUGCGACUAGAGUUGGCUGAGUCCCAAAUCAAGCUUGUGGAGAUGGAGAACAAAGGAGGAGGCCGCCAGCGAGAGCUUGAAAAGGAACUCCUCGAGGCGCGCAUGGCGAACGCUCGUCUAAUGGAGGACAACGAGAGCUACCAGUUGCUUCUGAGCGAAAGGACCCUGAACGGGGAUUUCACCAAGGGUGACUUCAUGCGCGAAGCUCAUCCCGAGUCUCUGGAGUCGAAAGAGACUGGCGGUGGGCUAGGCUCUCUGGCCGAUGAGCUGGAAUCUGCGGAUGCCCAGCCUGAAUCAGACGACAACCGCAGGCUCGAAGGCGAACUGAAGGCGCUGAAGGACCAGAAUAAGGCUCUGACGUUAUACAUUGAGCGUAUCAUCAGUCGCUUACUCCAGCAUGAGGGCUUUGAGCAUAUUCUCGAUAAGAAUGAGAACGAAUCGGCAACACCUGGCAAAUCCGCCGGCAACGACAAGGACCUUCCACCAACUCCACCAGAGAAGGAUGAUGCGAACCAGACCUUCCUGCAAAGAGCCAAGUCGGUUGUUUCGGGUCAGGCGAAUCGACCUCAGCCGCGGUCACGUCCUGUCAGUAUGAUGCCUCCGCCCCCCGCGCCCAACGCACACGAGAAUCCAGAAACCGCGCCUAGUAUCCCUAUCAAUCGUGCUCAGUCAGUACGAACCGGGCAUCGCCGAACAAGGUCCGAACAAGCGGAUCUGGCUGCAGCGGCAGUUGUCGGUCAGAUGUACCGUGGCCGCAACUCUGGCGGCCCUAUGAGUCCCACUGUGAUGGGACCCGGCGGACGGAGUGCUUUCACUGGAGCAAACUAUAUGCCAGGGGGUGUAUCGACUAGCAGUCGUGCCCCCUCGCUCUCCAGUCAGCCAGAGCGUGGCCAUUUAAGCAGCUCGGGCAGUGUUUCAAGUGACCCACCUGGUGACACAGCGUCUACUGGUGCGACUUCAAACUCUCCACGCUCGAGUAACGGUAUGACAAACUACACAGGAGCGGUCAUGACUCAAAGCAAAUUACGACCGUUACGCCUGGUUAGUGAGACAAAGUCCGCCGAGGAAGACGAAGCUGCCCGGAAGAAAGCGAACAGAGGCAGCUGGAUCUCCUGGUUCAAUCGCCCGGGUUCGAGCGACGCGCCCCCGCCUGGAUCCGGUUAA